AUGCAAGGCACCCGAUCGUUUCGUAUCUGCGGCGUGCCUGUCGUAUCCGCGCCGACGCGGCUCAGCUCACGACUCCGAUCGUCGUCUACAGUCGCACGGGCCAUGGCGACAGGCGCGGAGGGCGGCGGUCUGAUCGACCGCGCGGCGACGGUGGAGGAGGAGGAGCUGCUUGAGUCGUUCUCGCUCAUCGCCAGCAUUGACAAGGCCUGGUGCCGAGUGUCGCCCGUCGGCCAAAAUGCAGGACCCAAGGGCAAGGGUGCUCCAGGCAAGGCGAGUCUAGACGUGACGGUGCAGAUGAGUCAGAAGAACCUACCUGCCAACGCCAUGCGCAAGUACCUCUCCACCGUGCAUGUGCCCGACCCGCAAGGCGACCUCUCCUCCUUCCACUGGUCGCCCUUCCCCACCGAGCUCACCGGUGUGACCCUCAUCGCGCCCUCCCCUCGGGGGGACGGCUGCUGGUGGUUCGAGGGUGUGUCAUGGAACGACGAUGAUGAAACCUGUGUUGCCUACGUGGCAGAGGACCCUGCCUUCACUGCUCCUUCCUAUCAACCACCAUUUUUCUGCUCCCCUUCCUCCCUUCCCGCCACUGCUACAUUCCAUCUCCCCUCUCUCAGGUUCGAGGGUGUGUCAUGGAACGACGAUGAUGAAACCUGUGUUGCCUACGUGGCAGAAGAGCCUGCGCCAACCAAGCCUGUCUUCGGCCAAUCGCGGCAGCCCGCUGCCACGUCAGCCGCCCAGCACCCCCCUGCCGCACCUGCCGGCCCGGCUCGGGGCAGGUUCGGAGCCGCAGCUGCAGCGGCGCCAGCCCCGGCGGGAGGUGCGGGGAAGGGGAAGAACGGGGCGGCGGAGGCAGGGACGUGGAAGGGGAAGGGAGAGUGGAUGGAGGACUGGGGGGAGAGAUAUGCGGGCAAGCAGCGGCCGCUGCUGUUUGUACUCAAUACUGUCAGUGGCACAGUGCAGGCGGUAGAGGGCAUUCCAGGGGACAUCAGUGCGGGGCAGGUGGUGUGGGCGCCGGCAGUGGAGGGGCAACAGCACACUCUGCUCUUCGUCGGCUGGUCCGCCUUCCCUUCCAACUUCAACACGGCUCGCCGCCUUGGCAUCGUCUAUUGCGCCAACCGCCCCUGCCACCUGUUUGCUGCUCAAGCGCCCUCCCAAGAUGCUGCCGGGAAGAAGCCAGGCAGCGGCAGCAGCAUCAUGAAGCUCACUGCUGGCAUCAGCAGCGCUUUCUCACCCCGCUUCAGCCCUGACGGCUCUCUACUGGUCUUCCUCUCCUCGCACGCAGCAGUGGACAGCGGCACGCAUGGUGCCACCAACUCGCUGCACUCGCUGCUGUGGCCCAAGGAGGGCAUCUCCUUCCCCCACGCCCCUCCUGCUGAUCCUGAGGAGGACACUCGCUCAGGGCCCUCUGACGUCCCCGUUAUAGACAUCCCCAUAAACAGCAUAAUCAGUGUGGUGGCGAGGGCGGAGGAGCAGGGCGGGUUCCCAGGGCUGUAUGCUGCUGGAGCCAUCGCCAACCCCUGGCUGGCAGAUGGGCGCACACUGCUGCUCACCACGGCUUGGAGGAGCACUCAAGCGAUCAUCUCCGUGCACGUGGAGAGUGGGCGUGUGUCAAGGCUGACCCCAGAGGGCCCCAUCUCGUGGGUUCUGCUGGACGUGCGGAACAAUGUCGUGGUGGCGGGCGCCAGCACGCCAGCGUGCCCAACGAAGCUCAUGCUGGGGCGGGUGAAUGCGGGGUGGCUCAAGCAAGAGGGGUGGCUGUGGUCCGAGAUCUCCCCUCCCCACGUGGAGUAUGCCGAUGCUGUGGAGAACGCACUCAAGUCAACGGAGUUUGAGGUCAUCCCUAUCGUGCCCUCUGUCUCCAAGGCUCAGGGUCUGACUGAAGGCGCCAAGCAGCCGUUUGAAGCCAUUUUCGUGAGAAGACAGCCCGAAGCCGCCGCUGCACCCCCACCAGCCGGGAGCAAAGUAGCGCCUGCCCCAGCUGCACCUGCCGCGCUGCCCCCGCUGCUGGUGGUGCCUCAUGGGGGCCCCCACAGCGUCAGCACGACCAACUUCGUGAUGUCCUAUGCGUACCUGUGUGCCCUGGGAUACGCUGUCCUUCAUGUUAACUACAGGGGCUCGCUAGGGUUUGGAGAGGAAGCACUGCAGUCUCUGCCUAAACACAUCGGGAGGCAGGACGUGGCCGAUGUGGUGGAGGCAAUCGAUCGGGUGGUGGAGCUGGGAUACGUGGACGCUGCCCGCAUGGCUGUGAUUGGUGGAUCCCAUGGGGGCUUCCUUGCUGCACACCUUAUCGGGCAGGAGCCCGAUCGCUUCCGCACAGCGGUGCUUCGUAACCCGGUUACCAACAUCGCCAGCAUGGUCGGCACCACCGACAUCCCUGAUUGGUGCUUCGUGGAGGCCUUCGGCCAGCCUGGCAUGGCGGCCUUCUCUGAUUCGCCCACAGCCGCCGAGCUGCAGACGUUCCUCAAGGCAUCUCCUAUCACCUACGCUUCCAAGGUGAAGGUGCCGACUCUGUUCGUCCUAGGAGGGAAGGACCUUCGUGUUCCCUCUUCGAACGGGCUACAGUUGGUGCAUGCGCUGCGGGCGCAGGGGCUGGAGGCUAGAGUGCUCAUGAUGCCUGAAGAUGUGCAUGCUAUUGAUAAGCCUCAGAGCGAGUUUGAGCAAUGGCUCACUGUGGCUUCGUGGCUCAAGCAACACCUCUAA